AGAUAGAUAGAAAGAUACGUACAUACACGCAGACUCACACACACACACACAUAUACUCAUACACAUAAAUAUACAUGUAUAUGCAUAGAUUAAUACAUACAGACACUGAUAUAUACAAACGCAUCCACGUGUUCACAAGCGAACACACUUUCACCAUCACACACAUCUAACUACGCGAGCGCGCACUCGCACACCACACACACACACACACACACAAGCAUACACAUAUCUUGUCACACAUACACGAAUACAGAAAGCGAUACAUUACCACCCCAAACUGUCCCACAAAGCCACACACACACAACGCCUUGUGUCCCGUCGUCAUCUCCCUCGGACCACCCCGAGACUGUCGAACACGACCACAACAAACAGCCGCCUUUGAUAACACGGAUCGCUUCGCUACAGGUGAAGUGGGAACCAGCUGCCGUUCGCUCGGACCAACUGGACAGGACGUACGGAACCUCAAUUUCGGCUGCUGUUUUUCGCUUAUACACACACACACGCCUAUACACCCAGAGCCAGAAACAGAUUCGCUGUCAAGAAUUAUAAAUGGCACUAAAAUUAGCAGAAUAGAUUGACCCAGACACCCGAAUAUAACCAACGAAGUUCCAAGUCAUAUUUGAAAGCAAUUUUUGUGGAACAAAACCAGCCCUAUAAAAAAGCGGGAUGCGAUUGCCAAUGGCUAUACUUUUAACAGGGAGUUUAUACAUUUAUGCUGUGAGUGUUUUCGUUCCCGAACGCUUUGUUACCGCCAACCCCUUAAGUUUGUCCUUCAUAAGAACGGCUUAUACAACCAAUAACUCAAAAUGUGGCGUACAAGGAGUUAUAAUGAGCAUCCAUCCUCCCCGGGAGAAAGAGCAUCGCUGUUCAAGCAGCAUCAUCAAAACAUUUGGCUGUAGAGGUCAAUGUUAUUCAUACACCGAAAUGAACAGUAACCUCACAAGAGUCAUUCGUUCCUGCAGCUGUUGCCAACCCACAGAUUUUGGUCUCCAACAAGCAAUAAUCAACUGCAAGAACGGUGAAAAAAUGCGGAAGAUUGUGAAAUUUGCCAUUAACUGCCAUUGUCGACCUUGUGUUUUGAAACCUAGGGUUACACUUAAAGAUCUGCGCCUCAUGCUCAGGAUGUCCACCAGAAAACAUUGGCCCAACUGAGAGAUUGCGGCCAGGUUCUGCGGCUGAUCAUUGCACAAUAAAUAUAGAGAUCUCUUUCUAGCUACGGACACACUAACAAACAUGCGCAGAGACACACAAAUUCCAAUAAGUAAACGCUCGCUCUCGUA